AGAAGAAGAAAAAGACGCAGAAGAAGAAGAAGAAGUUGCUCAGACUGCUUCCGGUGUCUGUUCCCGUCCAGCGUGUCUCCUGAUGGCGAACAGAACCGUUAAAGAUGCGAACAGCAUCCACGGAACCAACCCGCAGUACCUGGUGGAGAAGAUCAUCCGGACCCGAAUCUACGAGUCCAAGUACUGGAAGGAGGAGUGCUUCGGUCUGACCGCUGAGCUGGUGGUGGAUAAAGCCAUGGAGCUGAAGUUUGUGGGCGGAGUGUUUGGAGGAAACAUCAAGCCCACCCCGUUCCUCUGCCUCACGCUGAAGAUGCUGCAGAUCCAACCAGAGAAAGACAUCAUCGUCGAGUUCAUCAAGAACGAAGAUUUCAAGUACGUGCGGUUGCUCGGGGCGAUGUACAUGCGACUGACGGGAACCGCCGUCGACUGCUACAAAUACCUGGAGCCGCUCUACAACGACUACAGGAAGGUCAAGAGUCAGAACAGGAACGGAGAGUUUGAGCUGAUGCACGUUGACGAGUUCAUCGACGAGCUUCUUCACGCAGAGAGGAUGUGUGACAUCAUUCUACCACGACUCCAGAAGAGGCACGUCCUGGAGGAGGCGGAGCUUCUGGACCCACGAAUCAGCGCUCUGGAGGAAGAUCUGGACGAGGUGGAGAGCAGCGAAGAGGAGGACGAAGAGGAGGAGAAGCCGGAGAGGCUCCAGACGCCCGAGCCCCACAGGCGCCGCGACGGUUACCGUGACAACGACCGACCUCGCCGCUCUCCGUCGCCGCGCUACAGACGCAGCCGCUCGCCCAGACGGAGGAGCCGAUCUCCAAAGAGACGCAGCCCAUCGCCCCGGAGAGAACGCCAUCGCAGCAAGAGCCCCCGCCGCCACCGCAGCCGCUCCAGAGACAGACGCCACCGCUCCAAAUCCCCAGGUCACCACAGAAGCCACAGACACCGCAGCCACUCAAAGUCUCCAGAGAGGAGUUCAAAAAAGAGUCACAAGAAGAGUCGAAGAGGAAACGAGUGAUUUCCCUUUUUACUUUUACAUUUUUAUCCCCAAACAGUCAGAGAUCUUUUCCUCUUAAUAUUGUAUGAAAUGUUUUUUUUUUAAAUUUCACCAAUAAUUUCCACCUGUUUUGUAAGAUAACAGUGUUUUUGUACAGUAUGUAAUCACUUGUUCUGUGCUUCAAAGAAAAACCUAAUCAUUUUCAUUUAAUUCUGACCCUCAUUGAUAACUUUUGGAUCUGUGUAAGUGUAGAAAAUACGUUUGUUAAAAUGUUUAGAGUGAGUUUCACACUCAGAAAUAAAGACCCUGACCCAUUCA